CAUUUGUUACAAAUAUUCAAUUUGUUGAUUACAAAUUAAAUUAAAAUAUUAAAUGAUAAAAUAGUAAUACAAUGUACGUCAUCAGUACAAAGAGAAGUUCUAAACAUAUACAUAUAUACAUAAAAACAUAGAUAUUUAUGUUAUAAAAACAAAAAAAUAAACAGACAAAAUCUUAUUUUGUAAAAACGUAUUUUAAAUAAUUCCACUCUAGUCUCGAUUAUCCAUUGAAAUUGGAUUUAUUAACGUUGUUUGUCUCCUGAUCAUGCUGAUUAAUCUUGCUGUAUACAUACAUAUAUACAGAUCCUUAUCAUUAGUAAAUCGUUCAAUUCUUUGAUAAAACACUAGAUAACAAAUUCUAUAAAUAGUUUCUCAUGAGUGAAUUAUUUCAUUGCAUUCUAUAAAUAACAAAUUCAAGAUGGAAGAUGCAUUAAGAUCAUAACUUCACAGAAUCAUUUCUGUAGUAUAUUUUGAAAAAUCCUUAGCAUAAAUCCUGAGCUGAUGCAUUCACGAUGAGGAGUUGUUUCUUUCUUACAUGAGCGUGAGAACAACUCAUUGUUAAUCUUAUCGAUAAUUUUUUACUUUACUAGAUAGAAGAAACAAAAGAAAAGGGGAUUUUUGAGAUACUUCUGGUUGUAUUGUUCGCUUUUUAUUAGAUGUGACCGAUUACUCGAUUGCUUAAUACAGUUUUACAGUGAAUUCCCACUGUGGAUUAUUAAUCCAUGUUUUAUAUAAACUGAUUUCAUUAUUAAAAUCAAGUAUUAGAUACUAUACCGUAUUAGCGAUUAGUAGAAUCAAUAGAUUAUCUUUAUCUUAAAUUACAAAUCUUAUCAUUUGUGUGAUAAGAUCUUAAAAAUCGUGUGCUCAAACUUGUGCUAAAUAUAUGCAUCUUAUGACAUGUGUACUGAGGAACAAUUGAACCACGUGUCUAACUCGUUUUUUGUUUACAUUUGUUCUGAAUGAAGUACCACGUGAUUGUAGGCUAAAGGGUUAAGGUACAAUAUUUAAUGGGAAGUAUUUGCUAAUACUUAUUUUUGGGAUUAGCAUAAUAUACUUUAUGAUUACGUAUAUUGAUCGAUAAUCUAUGACAUAGGAAUGUGAUUUCAUAAAAUACGAUAUAUUCGCAAUAAAUAAUAAAAUGGUUAUGGUUAUCAUGUGUAGAAAUAAAAAAAAAUGAAAAACAACAUAAAAAACACUUAUAAAUAUUAAGACCUCCCGCAUUGAAAGUUAUAUGAUAACGAGUAUCAUAUGUAAGCUAAUAUCUUGACGUAAGUAGAAGAAAAUGUUGUGUUGGUAUUGCGACAAAAAAUAUUCAUUAAAAACCGACCAAACUGGAAAAUCAACAAAGGAAAUUAUAGUAAUCAAUGAUCUUACAUAUGCAUAUAGAGAAUGUGUACUACUUUCAAAUUGACUUUCGCGUUAGACGAAUACAUGCGAAAAAAAUCGAUCUUGCACGAUCGAAUAAUAUUCACAUAGUAAUACAAUAGAUCGUUUAUUUAACAAAUUUUAUUGAUCAUAUUUUUUAUAUCAACUUGAUAAUAUGUUUAAGAUAAAAAUUAAUUUGAAUAUUGCAAAUAUUUUUGUAUUCAUUUAAAUCGAUAACGUUUACGAAUAACAUGAAUAAGUCGAUACUUCAGUAUAACACAUGUAUAAGUAUGGUAUACAUUUAUGUACGUUAUCACAUCAAAUUUGAGUAGAUUCUUAUCUGAAUGAAAAAAUCAAAUGAAUGAAUUUAGGAUUAAAGCAGGAAACAUGUUCUUUCCAUUUAUGUAUAUAUAUAUAUAGAAAUACGGGUUAGUAAUUUAAACGAUUGGUUGUACUUGACGUUGGAUGGAGUAAAUAUUAGGUAAUAAAGAAAGUAGAUAGAGAAAGGUUUAUUAGAGAUAGAGUUAGAAGUUAAAUGGAAAAACUUGAUACGGAACAAGAAAAAUUUUAACGAGCAUAGGUAUCCCCUAUACGCAUACUCACAAAUAAGACGUAAUAUUUGAAAUUUAUUUUUCUUCUCUUCACAUGUGAUCAACGAACUCUAGUGUAGGUUAUCUUAUAGGCUAUCUAAUUUAGAUAAAAGAAGUUACAUUUUUAUUAGAAGUGGAUCACCUUUGAAUGAAGCAUAUGUACUGUAAAAAUUCAUUUAUUUUGAUAUUUCAACUGUGUUGACCGAAGAAACACUUAUGCAUUCAUUAUUUUAUUGAUUUCGAUAUUUAUUAAUUAAAUUAAAUAUAUUUUUGUGAAAAUGCUUCGAACGUGGUUUCAUUUAAGUCGCCAAGGUCUUAAAUUUAUUAACAAUAAACUAUUUAUUAAUUACGUCAUAAAGAAUGACGUUGAGUGUAUUCAAAAACACCUCUUUGGCAUCUAUGGCAGUUUCCACAGGAGUUUUCAUGUCACCACUUGUACGACCACCUGUGGCAUUCCUAAUCAACAAACAAUGGCGGAUAUUUUGUAUGGUAAUCUCUGGGAUCUUGAUCCAGAAUUAUUUAAAUUAAUGGAAAAAGAAAAGAGACGUCAGGAAUCUGGUCUCGAAAUGAUUGCCAGUGAAAAUUUCACAUCUCUCAGUGUAUUGCAAUGUUUAAGUUCUUGUCUUCAUAAUAAAUACAGCGAAGGUCUUCCGGGACAAAGAUACUAUGGUGGAAACGAAUACAUUGAUGAAAUAGAAAUAUUAGCACAGAAAAGAUCUUUAGAAGCAUUUAAUUUAAAUCCCGAAGAAUGGGGAUGCAAUGUACAACCUUAUUCUGGAAGUCCUGCUAAUUUUGCGGUCUACACAGGAUUGUUAGAACCUCAUGGCCGUAUCAUGGGUUUAGAUCUUCCAGAUGGUGGACAUCUUACACAUGGAUUUUUCACUGCAACCAAGAAGAUCUCUGCAACAUCAAUUUUCUUUGAAUCCAUGCCUUAUAAAGUUAAUCCUGAAACAGGUUUUAUUGAUUAUGACAAAUUAGCAGAGCAAGCGCAAUUGUUUAAACCAAAAGUUAUUAUAGCAGGAGUAUCUUGUUACAGCAGAUGUUUAGAUUAUAAAAAAUUUAGAGAAAUAGCAGAUGAAAACAAUGCUUAUCUGUUUAGCGACAUGGCUCAUAUCUCUGGUUUAGUUGCAGCAGGUUUAAUUCCUAGUCCGUUUGAAUAUAGUGACGUUGUUUCCACUACAACUCAUAAAACCUUAAGAGGUCCUCGUGCUGGUGUCAUUUUUUAUAGAAAAGGUGUUAAAAGUGUAAAAAAGGAUGGAACACAAAUAAUGUAUGAUUUAGAAAAUAGGAUUAAUCAAUCAGUAUUCCCAGGACUUCAAGGUGGACCUCAUAAUCAUGCAAUUGCUGGCAUUGCUACAACAAUGAAACAAGCUAAAACACCUGAAUUUCUUGCUUAUCAAAAACAAGUUAUUGCCAACGCAAAGAGAUUGUGCAAAUGUUUAGAAGAUUUUGGUUACAAGAUUAGUACCGGAGGAACUGAUGUUCAUAUGUUAUUAGUAGAUUUGAGGCCCUUUGGAAUUACGGGUUCUAAGGCAGAAAAAAUUUUAGAAGAAAUUUCUAUAGCAUGUAAUAAGAAUACUGUUCCUGGUGAUAAAAGUGCGCUUAAUCCUGGUGGUAUUAGAUUAGGAACACCAGCACUGACUACGCGUGGCCUCAAAGAAAAAGACAUUGAAAAAGUCGCAGACUUUAUACAUAAAGGAUUACUAUUAUCUAAAGAAAUAACAAAAAUAUCUGGACCCAAACUUGUUGACUUUAAGAAAGUACUGAAUACUGACCCUGAUAUUAAAGCUAAAGUUGCUGCAUUAAAAACUGAAAUUGAAACCUUUUCUUGCCAAUUUCCAAUUCCAGGAAUUGAGCGAUAUUAACAAUAUGUUCACUUGAUUAAUCCUCUAGUAGACGUUAGCACAUCAACUUUUCUGAUAAAACUAACCUUGUCACAUGAAAGGUG